AUCAAGGGGAGAUAAUCAUUAUAAGAGAACGCGACGCCAUUUUGAAUCGGUGCGUGUAUUCAACAGAAAAUGGGUGACGAAUUCGACGAUUUUGAGAGGCAACUGGCCGAAAACAAAAAUGACUCUAUGCCCAACUGUAUUGCAAGAGUCUUCAAACAAGAAUUUGAAAAGGAAAAAACUGCACCCAGCAGGAAACGUUCACGCUCAACAUCGGGUUCACGGUCAAAAUCCAAAAAAACAGUAGACAAGAAAAGAUCAAGAUCUCGUGAAAGAAAGAAGCGAUCUCGCAGUCGAUCACCCAAAGAAAGGCCAAUACGUCGACGGAAGAAACCCUACAAGUAUUGGGACGUCCCUCCUGCAGGAUUUGAGCACAUGACUCCAUUGCAAUACAAAUCCAUGCAAGGUACAGGUAAUGGACAAAUUCCACAGACCAUCACCGUCCCAAAUGUGGCGCUCACAAAUACCACAGUACCCUUCGCCGGAAGUGCAAUCAGUCGACAAGCUAGGCGUCUGUAUGUGGGAAAUAUACCAUUUGGUGUAACAGAAGAAGCCAUGAUGGACUUUUUUAAUCACCAGAUGAAGAUGACUGGACUAGCUCAGGCAGAUGGUAGUCCGGUCAUUGCCGUUCAGAUUAAUCUAGACAAGAAUUUUGCAUUUUUGGAGUUCCGCUCAGUAGAUGAGACAACACAGGCAAUGGCAUUUGAUGGGAUCAAUUUCCAAGGCCAGUCCUUGAAAAUAAGAAGACCACGGGAUUAUCAGCCCCUACCUGGCAUGGCAGAAACACCAACAGUUAAUGUCCCAGGAGUGGUUUCAACGGUCGUGCAAGAUUCACCUCACAAGAUUUUCAUCGGUGGUCUCCCCAAUUACCUAAAUGAAGACCAGGUAAAAGAACUACUCACAUCCUUUGGACCACUCAAAGCUUUCAACUUGGUGAAGGAUAGUGCUACAGGGCUGUCCAAGGGCUACGCAUUUUGUGAAUAUGUGGAUGUCACAAUAACAGACCAGGCGUGUGCAGGAUUGAAUGGUAUGCAGCUAGGAGACAAGAAACUUAUCGUUCAGCGAGCCAGCGUUGGUGCCAAGAAUGCCCAGGCACCUGUCCAGCUACAGAUCCCAGGCCUAAAUAUGACGCAGGGCUCCGGGCCGGCCACGGAGGUGCUUUGUCUGAUGAACAUGGUCGCACCAGAGGAGUUGGAAGACGAGGAGGAGUACGAAGAUAUCUUGGAAGAUGUGAAGGAGGAGUGUGGAAAGUAUGGUAUUGUGAGAAGUAUAGAAGUCCCCAGACCCAUCAAGGGUGUGGAAGUCCCUGGCUGUGGAAAGAUUUUUGUGGAGUUCAACUCUAUCAUCGACUGCCAGAAAGCCCAACAAGCACUUACAGGCAGGAAAUUCUCAAAUCGUGUUGUGGUCACCUCUUACUUUGACCCAGACCAGUAUCACAGGAGGGAGUUCUGAGUUUUGUUGUUCGUUUUUUCAUCUCUGACAUUUUACAACAUAGACAUCAGAGCUAUGAGCUUUAUCUUCAUAAUUGAAUUCUGACAGAGAAGGAGUACAUUGUUUCAACUUCCAAUACAUCUGACUUGUUCGUAACAAAUUAUGUGUCAAUCAUUAUUGUAUCUGGUAUGUUGAGAUCAGACAAUUUCAUUAAUAUGAAUUUCCAUCAUAAUAUUUUUCUGUGUCAAUACGUCAAACAUUUUUUGCUUGAAAUACCUAUAUUGAUAUUCAAAAACAUUUUGAAAAGGUGUUGUUUAUCUUUCAUUUAAAUAAAAAAAAAAUGAAAUAUUUUCAGUUAUUUUUGAUGAUGAUGAUAUAAAAAUUUGGUUUUACAUGUAUCAUAAGGAAAAUGAAAUUGUACAUCUAUGAAUUCUAUGUAAAUGGAGAAUGAUUAAAUCAAUACAAGUUUAAACAGA